AUGAAAGCUGCGAACGAGACCAGUCUGCGAGGGGCAGCAGCUACUCCUCCCGCUAAGCUGACUGCAAUGAACUGGAGACGGGGCGUGAAGCGGAAGGCUCAGCGAGGAAGUACGAAGCUGUCCUGCGCGCUGACAACCAACAGCACGCGCACGGGGCACAGAACAACUACCCAGGCUCCAGCUUCAGGGAACGGGGUCUCGACAGGCCACACCACUGGGACCCUUGAAGAUUACCCGGUCCAACUGCCAGCUCAGACUAGGAUUAACUUGAAGCACCCAGGUGGUGAAGAGGUCCUAAGGGAGCAAGCUGGGGGAGAUGCUACUGAGAACUUCGAAGAUGUUGGCCAUUCCACAGAUGCAAGGACACUGUCAGAAACAUUUAUUGUUGGGGAACUUCAUCCGGAUGAUAGAGGGAAGCUUCAGAAACCAACAGAAACUCUUAUUACCACUACUCAGUCUAAUUCCAGUUCGUGGUCCAACUGGGUGAUCCCAGCAAUAGCGGCAAUUAUCGUGGCCCUGAUGUAUCGUUCCUACAUGUCAGAGUAAGCGCCUUACUGAGAACUAAUUCAAGAAGAGACUGAUCUGGAAGAGAAUAUAAGCAAUCCUAACCCAAUAUCUUUCCAGACAAGAAAGAAAAAUUAAACUUUUUCAGAAAACUGAACAAUUCUUUUCUGCUGUGCACUUUUCUUAAUGUUGCCUUCUUAUUUGCUGUUCUGAAGCGAUAAAAAGGCACCAUUUCUCUUUUUGUAUAACAAUUUUAUUCUCUAAUGAAUUAUUUGAUAACUGUAUUGGUUUAUGUGUUAGAACAUUGUUUUGUAUGUAACACUGAUUCUGAUUAUUUCUCUUAAAUCUGUAAUGGGAUCCGUAGGACUCUUUACAUAUAAAUUUUACAGCUUUAAAUGACUACCAAAACUGUGGACAUGUAUUUGUCCAUGUACACAACUUCACGUAACUUAAAAAAUCAUGUUGUCUUCUUAAAUGUAGUGUGUUUGAAUGAAAUGCUAA